AUGUCACUUUUCAAGAGGCCGGCUUGGGCGAGUACAGAACCAAGCACCGAAGCAGAUAGCGGAAAGAGCAUCUUCAGCCACAGCCAUGCAUACAAGGAUAUUGUGGUAGACGAGAAACGUCGACGAGAAGCACGAGAAGAGAAGAUUCGAGCGAAGCAGGAAAGAAAGGAGCGCAAGAUAUCUGCGAAGCGAGAGAAGGAGGAAAGUGCAGACAGGAAGCCAAGCUUGAGUCCCAAACGGCGGCGCAUAACGCUCGAGGAGAGUGAGGAUUUACUGGGAAGCGUUGGUCUGCCAGCAUUCAAGGCGGAAGAAUCCAAGUCGCCUCGUAGUGCGAGCAACGAGGGUCUGCAGCUUCGUCGGUCACCAAGAUCGAACAGGUUCGAGGAUCGGCCUAGUGUGAAGCCAGUAGCCUCGAAGCUAGGGCCGCUUGUGGUCGUGAUCGGAGACGAUCCAGCUUCGGACGAUGAUGUGCAGAUACAGUACGAGCGAGAAGCAUCGCCGGUGGAACAGGAAUCGGAUGAUGAGUUCGCGGAGCUGGCAAGACAGGCACGAGCACGAAAUAAGCUUCGGGAGAACUCGACGAAGAAAUCGCAGACACCUGAUGUUAAGUCAUCUACGCUAGGCCAGGACUCGGUCGAGUGCUCUAUAAAUCCAACACCGCCUAUACUCGACCCGCCGAUCAAGUUGUUUAUCACUUCACGGAUGGAGAACACAAAACCGUUGAUGGUGUAUCGCAAGCUAUCACAACGACUACAGGAGAUCCGACAGGUCUGGUGCGAUCGACAAGGCUUCUCAAAAGAAUUCGCGCAGACUGUAUAUCUGGUGCAUCGAAUGCACAAAGUCUUUGAUGUUACGACUUGCCGCAGUCUAGGUCUAGACGUCAAUGCAGAAGGACAAGUGACGAUGAAAGGCGCUGAGGGCAUCGAUGGUGUAGAUCAGGUUCAUCUUGAGGCAGUGACAGACGAUAUCAUGGAGGAAAUCAGGGCCGAGAGGAAAGCUGAAGAGCGAAAGCAGCAGCCAGGUCUUGAGGAAGAACAGGCCGAUGGUGGUGAAGAGGAGGCGCCCACCCAUGAAGCAGAGCAGUUUAUUCGUCUGUUGUUUGCGUCCAAAGACAGGAGUCAGCCUUUCAAGCUGAAAGUCAGGCCUUCGACGACCAUAAGCAAGGUUAUGUGUGCCUGCAAGCAACCAUUCAAUGCUGCAGAGAACCAGAACAUCGUACUAGAAUUUGACGGCGAGCAGCUUGAUCCAAAGCAGACGAUUGGAGACACCGAGAUAGGCGAUCUUGACCGCAUCGACGUACGUGUUGUUUGA